AUGAAGUUCCUCAAGGUCGGCCGAGUCGCCAUCAUCACCCGCGGCAGAUACGCCGGCAAGAAGCGCACGAGACGAGCCCCGAAGAAGAAAAAGGAUGGAGAUCAAGAACACCUCGAACCCGAUCGCCAUGAGCCACCACCUCACGGCGCGCUGACCGUGUUUGUCUCCUCCCAGGUUGUCAUCAUCCAGCCCGUCGACUCCGGCAACAAGGCGCACCCCUACGGCCACGCCAUCGUCGCCGGCAUUGAGCGAUACCCCGCCCAGAUCACCCGCCGUAUGUCCAAGGCGAGACAGGAGAAGCGCUCCAAGAUCAAGCCUUUCAUCAAGGUCGUCAACUACAACCACUUGAUGCCCACCCGUUACACUCUCGAGCUCGACGGCCUGAAGGGCGCCGUCUCCAACGACACUUUCAAGGAGGUCAGCCAACGGGAGGAUGCUAAGAAGAACGUCAAGAAGGCAUUGGAGGAGCGCUACACCAGCGGCAAGAACCGCUGGUUCUUCACCCCUCUCAAGUUCUAA